AAUUGUUAAAAGAAUUUAAUAAUCGUCGCAAAUGUCUACCGAUAAAGAAAAAUUGGAAAAAACAAAAAUUAGUUCACAAGUGAAACAUGUGCCGAAAGAUGCCCAAGUUAUUAUGUCAAUAUUAAAAGAUUUAGGCAUACAAGAAUAUGACAAGAGAGUAAUUAAUCAAUUGCUUGAAUUCACCUAUCGCUAUGUAACCUGCAUACUGGAUGAUGCUAAAGUCUUUGCCAAUCAUGCUCGUAAGAAAACUAUAGAUUUGGAUGAUGUUAAAUUAGCUACCGAAGUUGUGCUAGAUAAAGCAUUUACUUGUCCGCCGCCUAGGCAUAUUUUAUCUAAAUUAGCAGAAGUACGCAAUACCAUGCCUUUACCACCUAUUAAACCUCACUGUGGUUUACGUUUGCCACCGGACCGUUAUUGCUUGUCGGCUUGCAAUUAUAAACUUAGAGCAGUUAAUCAACCUAAGAAAAUGGUUAAGAGCGCUUUAGAAGGACGGAGUACUAUUAAAACUCAAAUUAAGGGGGCGAAUAUUGGUCAUGUCGGUAUAAGCGGUGCAAAGAGACAAACGAUAUCUGCUGCUAAAACACAAGUAGUCACAAUACCGAAACCAGUUAUUAAAUUUACGACCACAGCCAGAAACGUUUCAAUAGACAGUAAAUCGUUGAUGAACAACAGCAUAUCUUGUCAAGACUCUUCCAUGGCUGAUCUUAAAAUGGAAGUGGAUGGCGAAGCAACGGCUGUUGUUAGUAUAUCAAAUAGUUCGGUAUCAGUGUUAGGCGGUAGUCUCAAGCGAGAACGUGAGGAAGAUGAAUUUGAAGUAGUUCCGUAGCUUUAAAUAUUUCAAUAAAAAUUUUAUUUUCA